AUGGCCGCCGGCGGGGAGCAGGUCUACGCGACGCUUCUCCUCAGCGACUCGUAUCUCCCAGGUGCUCUCGUUCUCGCGCACUCCCUCCGCGAUGCUGGCACCACGAGGAAGCUCGCCGUCCUCGUCACCCUCGACGCGGUCUCGGCCGACGCAAUAACGCAGCUUCAAACGGUUUACGAUUAUGUCUUGCCCGUGCCGCGGAUACGCAACGAGCAGCCCGCCAAUCUGUACCUCAUGAACCGCUCCGACCUGCACUCGGCCUUCACCAAGAUCAACCUCUGGAAGCAGAUGCAGUUCUCCAAGAUUGUCUACCUCGAUUCCGAUGUCGUCGCCUACCGCGCCCCCGAUGAGCUCUUCGACUUGCCUCACCCCUUCUCGGCUGCCCCCGAUAUCGGCUGGCCUGACCUCUUCAACACAGGCGUCAUGGUCCUGACGCCCAACAUGGGCGACUUGUACGCGAUGAUGGCCAUGGCAGACAGGGGUAUUUCCUUCGACGGUGCCGAUCAGGGCCUGCUCAACAUGCAUUUCGGACGGGGCUACAACCGACUGUCCUUCACGUACAAUGUCACCCCCUCGGCUCACUAUCAGUACGUGCCUGCUUAUCGACACUUUCAGUCAACCAUCAACAUGGUGCACUUUAUCGGCGCCAACAAGCCGUGGCUCGCCGGCCGCAAUGCUCCUCAUGGCAAUGCGCCUUACGACGAGAUGGUUGGCAGGUGGUGGGCCGUCUACGACCGUCAUUACAGAGUGCCAGAGACAUCCUCGCACCAGACACAACAGCCGUCACCCACGUUUGUGCAAUACUUCACCAAGGGUGAAUUCCAGCCCAAGGUUAUAGUUACUCAGCCCAGCCCCAGCGAAGACGUCCCUGGACCAAAGGGACAGGGCACCGUUGACUACUCUCAGGCUCAUGGCACUACUAGCAGCCCUCGGGCUCCCUCGUCGGGACGUCCGUACGAGCAACAGCCGGCCCAGGUGUCAUCUGAGGUGACUCCGCACGUUUCCCAGCCAAAGGCUGAGCCAGCCCCUGUGCCCAUGAACAGUUGGGACGCUCAAUGGCAACCGCCUCCUGCGGACUCGAGACCUGAGGCUCUGAACUUCCCCUCGACUCAUUAUGAGAUGUCCAGGGACGUGAAGCCUUUUGUCCCUCCCGCGCGGUAUCCAAGUCCCCCUAAGAACAUGUGGUACGAGGUUCCUCAAGAGCCGCCACAGACACAGCCACUCCAGCCCAUCUUCCCCUGGGAAACUAAGCAGCCCAAGCCAUCGAGGGCAUUUGCGAGCGAAGAGCCGGAGACUGCUCCGGCGACACAAGAAUCGUCGCAAGGCAUCGCUGGUGAGACUGGCACCGCUCCUGGUGUCUACGCCUCAACUGAGACGUCUUCUACAGUGUCUUCUAUUUCGGGAGCCCCAGGGGAGUCACAGUCUGGCUUGGCCCCAGCUGCCAACGUUGUACCCGCAGAUCCCUGGACCUCGUUUCCACGGCUUAAUGCAUGGGAUGAUGUUCCAGGGAUCGGCCGCUACGUUGAAGGUCUCCAGAAGCAUCGCCGAGGGAGGAGCCAAGGAGGCGCCGCCGCCGCAACUUCUGGCGGGAUCCUCAGUCCAGUUUCUAGCGAGCGGCCGAGCUUACCUGUGACUCCGGCACCCAUCCGGCGCCCAUCGUUUUGGGGUGACGAUGCGCCGGAGUCGGGGGCCGCUGACUCGAGGGAACAGCAGCUCCCCGAGGCCCCUGGCGUGCCGGCACAGGCUGAAUGGGACCCAGCUGAGCAGCUUCAGAAGCUCGCGAAGCAGCAGUCCGAGGCGCUGCUGCGCAAGCUUGGCAGUGAUGGAGGGCCCGAGGGCGAAGCACCACCGCCGAGCGUCUUGAGCCCACGCCCGGUCAAAGGGGCUUCACCGGCAAGCCUGGAGCAGGGCGUCGGGGCACCCGAGGCUGCAGGCGGGGCAGGCACAGAUGUUUUGCCAAGUCUGCAGGCGGAGUCGGAACGCGGAGAUCAGGAAAGUAACGGUAGUUGA